AUGGUCGGGGAAAUUGCAAAAUUACGAUGUCAGCUUGUGAAAGCGCAGCAGCUUCGAGAGGAAGCACAGCUACGCCAGAAGAAACUAGAGUUACACCAGAAAGAUACAGAGCGUCAAGCUGAGCUGAAUUCAUUAUCUGGAUUGCUAAAUGGCUGCCACAAGCUCUCCCAGGCAAUCCGUGUCACAACAAAUGUGACGUUGAUACCGGAAGAUACCACCAAUCCAGUUAAUAGGUUGUUCCCCAGGCGUAUCCGGCACUGGAAUGAGUUUCCUGAAGUACAAGAGAAGAUAUGGGAUAGGUUAAAUCGUGAUCGUACGUUCACUCGCAAGCGCCGCUUUCGGAACAAUUACUUCCUUGACGAGAUCCACAAGCACACGCGGAGGCAUACGAUCUUUUCCGAGGCAUCCUUACAUGACUUUCAAAGGGAUACUAUGGAAAGGUUUGUGAAUGAUAUCCUUGAUGCUCUGCUACAGGACCAUACUCUUCGCCGAGAGUUUCGACUUGAAGGAAGACGACGGAAUCGGAGUGCGGAUCAGUUUUGCGUGCAUGUUGCCUCUGAUGAGCGACGAAUCCCUGCUUAUGCAGUGGAGUUCAAGGCACCACAUAAGCUAAGAAUUCCAGACUUAAUCUCGGGGCUACAUGAAAUGGAACCUGAGCGGGAUGUUAUUGAUAAAAAGGGUGAUACGUUCGAAUUUCAUGCUAGCCACUUGGUCGCUGCAGCAAUCACACAGCUUUUCUCCUACAUGGUGGACAGUGGGGUUCGAAACGGAUACAUUUGCACUGGAGAGGCCUACGUUUUCCUCCACAUUGCUGACGACCCGACGGUAGUCUAUUAUUACCUGUGCGUCCCUAAUAGAGAUGUCAAUCCCGAGGACAAGUAUCAUCUCCAUCGAACCGCUGUGGCCCAGGUGCUUGCUUUUACACUCAACGCGUUGGCCGCCGAACAGCCAUCUCAAGAUUGGUUUGAUGCCGCCCGGAAGAACCUCUCCACUUGGAAGGUGGAAUAUCUUCACAUUCUGAAGAAUAUUCCAGAGACAAUCCGAAAAGAUCCUCCCUAUUUUGAAUACAAACCUUCAGACUGGAAACCCGUUGAGCGAUCUCCAUAUCACACACGGUCGCGAGGCCGUUGUCAGCCUAACCAGAAAACGUGUCAAGGAAGCUUAAAAAGGAAUAUCGCAUAUGAAGAUGAUUUUCCGCCACCAUACCCUGCCCCAGCGACACGCGCGCAAAAUAAUCUCGCUGGCUCAAGUAAUCCCAAUAGAGGAUCGAAUACGAGGAAGUACUGCACCAUGGUGUGUCUUCGAGGCUUGCUUACAAGGGGUCACUUGGACUUUCAAUGCCCAAAUGUUCAUCAACACGGCCCUGUGAGACACCAAAUCAAUUCGAGAGACUUUACGCGUAGGUUACAUGCUCAGCUGCGGCAAGACCGACACAAAGGCUUUGAGCAACUACAUAUUCGCGGUCGAACGGGUUUUCUGCUCAAGGCUACCUUGCUUUCCCAUGGAUACACGGUGAUUAUAAAGGUCACCACCGAAGCAAGACAGCAUAAUCUACGAAAGGAAAUCGACGCCUAUGGGUCUCUGCUGCAGUUACAAGGCCAUUCCAUACCGGUUCAUAUCGGUAGCUUCCAACCCCGCAUGCCAUAUUGGUAUCAUGGCGAGCGUAUGUCGUAUAUGAUGAUCCUCAGCUGGUCUGGGAUCCGUAUGGAAACCCUGCUUAUGCAAAAUGAUGCCAAUGCUUCUCUGUUCUCUCAGGAACGCAUUAAGCUCCGAAAAAUCCUUCGAUCUCAUGGUAUAGUCCACGGAGACCUCGAAUAUCGCAACAUUCUGUGGAAUGAUAGCCUUGGGCAUGCUAUCGUGAUCGACUUUGAGGACGUGACCUGGGUAAAGAACCGACAGCCACUUGGGCCAACUUCGGGAAAUGUGGCCAGGGGUAAUGCUUCUGAUAAACGGGGCAAUUUGCAUGGCCAUAAUACACUUCCAUCGGCGCCCCGUCCCCAACCUAAUACCAUCGAGAAUUACUCAAUGAACAGAUCACUAAAUAUGAGAGGUGGCAAUCGGAAGCCAUUGAAUAUAUCCCUAACAUAG